GUAAAUGAACCAAUGUACGCGGUACAUUCGAGAGCGGAACCUCCAAUUUGAACUUUGAACAGCAAAUACACCACCUAAUUCAAAUACGCUUUGGAUUUUGCACAUCGUCACAGUAUCUGAUCUCACAGAUUCAAUAGUAUAGUAGCAGGUAGCUCCGGAGACCAAGUUCGGAUCGGUAAAUUAGGGUUUAUACACAAUGCAGAGCUCAUAGGCCUCGGUUCCUCACUAUCCCAAUUCGGUGCAAGCCUAAAUUGUUUUUUCGCUGCCAGAAAUGCAGAGCUCGUCGAGCUCGGCGGCCCAGCCGGAGGCCAUACUGGAGUGGCUGCGGAAGGAGAUGGGGUACAGGCCCUUGGGCCCGUACAGCGCGGCGAGCGGCAAGUCUCAGUUGCCCUCGACCGACUCCCUCCGCAAGAUUUGCCGCGGGAACAUGAUCCCGGUCUGGAAUUUCCUGAUCGCCCGCGUGAAGUCGGAGAAGACGGUGGAGAACAUUCGGAGGAACAUCACGGUCCACGGAGGAGGCGGCGGUGGGGAUAGCGGUGGUGGUGGUGGUGGCAAAGAGGAGGGUAGGAGUAGAGGGAGGAGGAAGGAGAAGGCGGCGGCUGUGGAGGAGGGAUUGGGCGUGGUGGAGAGGAGGGAGGCAGCGUUGCUGGAGAGGGAAGCGGCGGCGAAGGAGGUGGAGAGGUUGAGGAAUGUGGUGAGGAGGCAGAGGAAGGAUUUGAGGGCCAAGAUGCUGGAGGUUUCCAGGGAGGAGGCCGAGCGCAAGAGGAUGCUCGACGAGCGUGCCAAUUACAGGCACAAGCAGGUGAUGUUGAACGCUUAUGACCAACAGUGUGAUGAAGCAGCAAAAAUAUUUGCAGAGUAUCACAAACGACUUUGUUACUAUGUUAAUCAAGCAAGGGAUGCUCAAAGGUUAAGUCUUGACUCUUCAGAUGAAGUGAUUAAAAGAUUUGGUGACAGUGAGAAGGAAGCUGUGUAUUCAACUGUUAAGGACAGUAAAUCUGCAGAUGACAUGAUUCUUAUCGAAACAAACCGGGAAAGAAGUAUUCGAAAGGCAUGCGAAUCUCUUGCAGCACGUAUGAUUGAAAAAAUAUGCAAUUGUUUUCCUGCUUAUGAAGGAAGUGGUAUUCAUUUGAAUCCUCAAUUGGAAGCAGCCAAGUUAGGCGUUGAUUUUGAUGGUGAAAUACCUGACGAGGUUAGAGCUGUUAUUGCAAAUUGCUUGAAGAGUCCUCCUCAGUUGCUUCACGCAAUUACUGCAUAUACUUUAAGGCUGAAAACUCUAAUUUCUAGAGAAAUUGAGAAAAUUGAUGUUAGAGCUGAUGCAGAAACUUUAAGGUACAAGUAUGAGAACAACACAGUUAUGGAUGUUUCUUCUCCUGAUGUGAACUCACCAUUACACUAUCAGCUUUAUGGUAACGGAAAGAUUGGAGGAGAUAUACCUUCUAGAGGAACUCAAAAUCAACUUCUUGAAAGACAGAAAGCUCAUGUUCAACAAUUUUUGGCUACUGAAGAUGCACUGAAUAAAGCUGCUGAAGCUAGGGACUUGAGUCAAAAACUUGUAAAACGUUUGCAUGGAAGUAGUGAUGCAGUUGUUGGAGGUGCUUCACAGACUGUUGGCAGUCUUAGGCAAUUUGAGUUGGAUGUUUGGGCAAAGGAACGAGAAGUUUCUGGGUUGAAGGCAAGCUUGAAUACUCUAAUGGCUGAAAUACAGCGCUUGAAUAAAUUAUGUGCGGAGAGGAAAGAAGCUGAAGAUUCUUUGAAAAAAAAAUGGAAGAAGAUUGAAGAGUUUGAUGCUCGUAGAUCUGAACUGGAGACCAUAUAUACUGCUCUCUUAAAGGCUAACAUGGAUGCCGCUGCGUUUUGGAACCGGCAGCCAUUGGCCGCAAGGGAGUAUGCAUCAAGCACUAUAAUUCCAGCAUGUGCAGUCGUUGUGGACAUUUCAAAUAGUGCAAAAGAUCUUGUUGAUAAAGAAGUUUCUGCUUUCUAUCGAAGUCCUGAUAAUAGCCUCUACAUGCUUCCUUCAACCCCACAGGCACUCUUGGAGUCCAUGGGUGCUAAUGGAUCCACUGGACCUGAUGCUGUUGCUUCUGCAGAAAAGAAUGCUGCUUUAUUGACUGCAAAAGCUGGUGCCAGGGAUCUAUCUGCAAUUCCAUCAAUAUGCCGUGUUUCUUCUGCACUUCAAUAUUCUGCUGGUUUGGAGGGUUCAGAUGCUAGUUUAGCAUCAGUGUUGGAAUCCCUUGAAUUCUGUUUGAAACCGCGUGGUUCUGAGGCUAGUGUGUUGGAGGAGUUGGCAAAGGCAAUAAAUUUGGUUCAUAUACGGCAAGAACUUGUUGAAAGUGGUCAUGCAUUGUUGAACCAUGCUUACCGUGCUCAACAAGAAUAUGACAGGACAACAAGUUAUUGUUUGAAUUUGGCUGCUGAGCAAGAAAAGACUGUCGUGGAGAAAUGGUUGCCUGAACUUAAGACUGCAGUUUUGAAUGCUCAAAAGUCCUCGGAUGAUUGUAAAUACGUUGGGGGUUUGCUUGAUGAGUGGUGGGAGCAGCCAGCGUCAACCGUUGUUGACUGGGUUACAGUUGAUGGGCAAAAUGUUGCUGCUUGGCAUAAUCAUGUGAAGCAGCUUCUUGCGUUUUAUGACAAGGAGCUGUUGUGAAUGAAAUCUCUCUUUUGCCUAUAUUUUUUCCCCCCAAUUUCAUGCCAGCGUGGAAAACUACAUUGAACUGCAGCAGGUUGGAAGCAGUGUGCAGUGCUGGUUACAGAUAAACUGCAGCCUUUCAGAAGCACCGUGCAGCGCCGGGUAUACAAUCUUUAACGUGUGGUUUAAUUUGGGAGAGAUGGCAGUUGGGGCUUUUAUUUGUUUGUUGUUUGAUAUACGGGCAGACCAAUAUUUUAUCCUUUUCCCUAUUAUCUUUGUACAGAAUACUUCUUCCUCGGGAAGAUGUUUUGUAUCAUUAGGGUGUUUAUAGUUCUUGGGUUUUGGGUGGGGUAUUUUCUUUUUUGCCCUUUUGGGGCUUGAUUAGUGCCAUCUGAUUCAAUUGUAGUCAUUUGUGUUUGUAAUUUGAAGUUUUACAUGUUUAUAAUUGAAGUGGAAGGUAUAAUGUUCAGCAUCA